CACGAAGAUGACGCUUUACGUGCGAAUGCAGCGUAUAACAGGGAGCUACCUCGUCUUGAGUAUCUCGUAUGAUGUCUUCCCCGUUUCAAUUCUACACCUGGUCUAAAUACCUUCCCUAACGAACGCUCCGCUCUCUCUUCCCCUCGUGCUUUCAAUCUUUCUGCAGACACUGCAGCUCCUGCUCAGCUACUACGUACACAACACCCCGCUAAGACACAAGAUGACAAACCCUCUCGAUCCGUCGACCAUCCUCAAGGGGAUGGCCGACGCUCUGCCCACUCACCCGCACGGUGACACAACCUCCGACCUCAGCAGUUCCCAUGAAGCGCUGGCACUGUUUGCACACGCUUGUAUGAUAUCGCUUGGGUUCCGCCUGCUAGGCUUUGACGAAGACAAGACGGUCGAAGCAACAUGUCGCCAACUUGCCCCACGCAUGCCAGAAAACUGGAAUGCAUCUUUCAAUACAUGCGCUUUUGUAUACGCGCAUUCACAGUCGGCUCUUCGAUUCAUUAUCAAGAUAGAUAGAUUAGGCGGGAAGGCUGAGAUUCGUGGUGUUGCUAUCGAUGAUGACCGCAUUGCAAGAGUCGAGGUAACAACCAAGGACUAUGUUUCCAACGGCUCGCUGCCUGUCAGGAUCACACUGACGGCUGAUGCAACCGAGGACCGAUCGGAUCUUCCAGACAAACUGCAGGCAGUGUUCAUUAACGAAGGUCGUAUUACAGAUCUUGCCAACCUCAUCAAAGUCAACAUUAUUCAAAAGUUGCUUCCUUCGCUACAGAAGGAUGGCUAUGAGGAGUCGCCAGAUGACCGCGCUGCUAGAGAGGAUGUCGAGGACGCCGCGCGUCGUGGACCAAGACGACCAGUCAUGCCCGAUCCCAUGCCGCAGCCAGCAAACCCAUACGGGUUUGAUGAUCCUUUGAACCCUCCGCCAAGACGGCCUGUUCCAGCCGGUGAUUUUCCACCUCCAGGCUUCGAAGACCCUUACGACAUUAAUCGACCGGCCGGUCGUGGUGGAUUGGGACCUCUCAGAUCGCCAUUCGGUAACCUAGGGGCGGACGACUUGAACCCACCUGGUCUCGGCCCGAACGACCCGUUUCGGCCAUCUCUUGGCGGUGGUGGCCUUCCGCGCCCUGGAGGGUCCAGAGGCAUGCACCCGACGUUUGAUGAUCCGCUUUUCGGAGGAGAAGGGGGCCAAGCUGGAUUUGACCCACAAGUACCGCCCGGAGCGAGAUAUGACCCUCUUGGUCCUGGUGGUAAUCCACGAUUUGGCAAUCGCGGGCCUGGUUCGGGUAACAACCCAUUUGGCGGCGGCGGUGGUUUUGGCGGGUUUGGCGGAGACAUAAUUUGAGCGCAACAUAUUGCAAAAAGGAGGUGGUGUACGAUCAGAUAUGAUAUGUUUUAAUAUGGGUGGGCUGAAACAUGUGUAUUAAAUUUUACGAUGAUCACGAACGGGCGAAAAUGAAAGCCACUGGGACAAAGCUGGCACAUAAAUCAAUCAAUUGCUGCAUCUAGGUGUAGGAAGACCCAAAUUCAAGAUAUCCUGUUUGCCCCGUGAAA